CGUUGAUGGGCAGCCGGAAUGACGGCGGGAAUCUCGCAGCUGGCCCGGAUUUUACAGGCCCGCCUUCGCGCCCCCAUUCUCCCAUAAUGGCUACCUCUUCUAGCUCAAAGGUCACGGUCGAGUACCAUGACCCCUCUGGUAUUUUCCCCAUCGUCGAGCCGCAACUAACCUCGCGGCUGCCCCUCCGCAAUCUCCAUUGGAAGUCGCCCUCGCGUCCCUUGAGAUCAAUAGAUUCGCUUCAUAUCGAUCUCGUCGCCAGCCGCGACCCAACCGAGGAGUUUCUGAGACCGCAAGUUUCGAGGCCUCCAUCAUCUGCUGGCGCCCGACAGCGCGCAACUUCUUCCGCUUCCACGCGCCCAACCUCAACCGACAGCUACCGCCCCACCACCAGCAGGCGACGCCACCAAAUCCCGGGUCUCAGUCAAACUCCCUACCUCAAGGUUCUGCUUCUGAGGUGUGAUGACAAUGAGACCUACAAGUCUAAUUCCCGCAGGUUGCUGCGCGAGUGGAUCCGAGAAAACACUCCGUCACAUGACAGCAGCACCUCGAAAAGCAAACAGGAGAACCAUGACGCCUUUGAAUGGUUGAUUCUGCAUGUCGUGUUGCCCGACACUCCCGCUGCCGCUCAACCUCGCUGGAGCGGUUCUAGCAGUAGUUCCACGGGCUCCAUCGACAAGCCAAGCAGCUCUUCCCGAUGGCCGGGCCGUGGUUCCAGCACCAUCUUCGAGAAGAUCCGUUCCGAUUUCAAUGUUGUUAGCAAAUCCGAUCCGGACAGGGUUGCGCAGAUCCGUCUCCAGAAGUCAGACAUCCCUGCGCAUUUGAUGCCGCCAGGGCUUACAGCUCCUCCUGCCUCUCACACGGAGAGCCCUCAGGACAUCCUCAAUGCAUGGGGUGAUGCCAUUUCCAAAUUCAAGACUCUGAUACUUCUGUCCUUCGACCUACGUGUCACGCAGUACGAGGAAGACAUUAAGGAGAAAGAUUCGCAACGAAGCCUACCGGGAUGGAAUUUCUGCACCUUCUUUGUCUUGAAGGAAGGGCUGGCAAGAGGCUUUGAGAGCGUGGGCCUCGUUGAAGAUGCCUUAGUUGGCUAUGAUGAACUUUCUGUCGGCUUAGAUUCAAUUAUCCGGGAAGAGGCCGCUGGAGGUAUGACCGGGACCGGAAGUGCCUUUUUGGACUACUCAGAAGACCUGAAGCAGCAGUUUGUUGCUUCGCGACAAUCAUCGACGGAAGCACAGGUGGAAAGCUAUACCAAAGACCUUUUUGCGAAGCCCAUCAGUUCCUCAAGGAAAGACUAUCGAGGCCUCAUUCUUUCAAGCAACAUCUCUGUCUUUGACUUCCGUUGCUACAUUUUUGCACGGCAAAUGGUCCUUCUUUUGCGGUUAGGGAAUGCGCAUAUUACCAGAUCCGAAUUCUUGACCAAGCCCGCUUCCAGGCCAUCUACGGCAACUCAAGCUAAGAGAUCUACGGACGAUCUCUCUGUAGGCCUCAAAACCGGUGUAUUUGAUGAGCAAACCGAAGACCUCACAUCUCUAGCAGAGUUGUGUCGCCGUGCCAUGAGUUUCAUGACUAUUGUUGCUCACAUUUUGCGCCGAGACCUAGAACAGGGACUCGGCGAAGAUGUUAAAACUUAUCCCACAAGCAUGAUUGAUAAUUUCGUUUCAUCAUGGACUUAUGCGGUUGCUCAACAAGUGUUGGAUGCAACCAUUACAUCCACACUUCCCAUUGCGACAUUCGAAAAACCUCUAGGAACUACAACCUCAGCAAAGGCGCCCGCAGGUGGCCGGAAGCAUGAACUCAAGGUAAAUGUACCAGAUCAAAAGAACAAAGGUUCACUACCGCAGCGCGGGAGCUCGUUGCUGGAUCGCCGCGCAUCUGUACAAGAGCCGCCGUAUGCUCGUUCUUCAGGACAAGUUGUUUACGAGCACGGAAAAUCCAACAGUGCUAGUCAAAUGGUGCAGAAGGAUCCAACACAAUCUAGUACCAGCUUAAAAAAUGGCCAGUUGGAGCUUGCGGCGCAUCGGGCUGAACUUUAUCUCGUUCAGAGGAGAAUUGUCGAACGUAUCGGUAAAAAUCUCUAUUGGCUAGUCGGCUGGGCAUCUAUAGCCGCGCAGCAUGGCAAAGACAAUAACUUUACUGAGAUAUCUCUUGACGAUGAUGCGAAGCCGUCGGCGAAUGGAGAAGAAAACGGCGAAGAAGUAUCAAAAACAGACCUGACAGCUGGCGUAGGCGAAGCAGCACUUCGUGCUGCGUUUGCAACUUUCGAGGAUUUCAGGAACCUAUACGAGCAACUCAGUGAUCAAGCAGUCAAGCACUAUUUCGCUGCAAACCGCUCUAAGGCUGCGGAAAGCAUUUUGGGCGACUUAGCUGCCCUCAAAUUCGAAAUGGGCGAUUUCUCUGCCGCCGCGAGUUACUUCAGUCGCAUGGCUCCUCUAUACGCGCAAAACCGAUGGAACCUUGUUGAGAUUACGAUGUUGAAGAUGUAUGCACAGUGUCUUCAGAAUCUUAACCGGAAGGACGAAUAUGUGAGGGUAAUUCUUGACCUCCUGGCCAAGUCUGCAUCUCACCAGAUGUCAUCACGAUCGCUCAAAAUCAGGACACCCGGGGCAAAGAGCGGCGGAGCUUGGCUCGAUGAUGACCGGUUAGACACAACAGGUCUUCUUCGUGACCUGAUCAACUUCUCGGACGAACUACCACCUAAUUACGACGUCUCAGCCCCUAUGAACCGCUACUUCUUGGAUUUCCAUGUUGAACCCUAUAUUCAGCAUUACGAUGAUCAAGACGGCUUCCGGCUCAAACUCAGCUUUCGUCACAUUCUAGAAGACGACUUUACGGUUGACAAGGCCAAGGUACGCCUCCUGAGCACCACGAUUGGAGGAAGCAAGGACGUAUGGCUGGAGUCCAUAGAGAAAUUCGACGUCAAACAGGGCGUUAUUUCCACCUGGCUCCACUCAAAUGUUACAACGCUUGGUGGAUACGUGGUCGACAAGAUUGUCUUGGAAGCCAAGAAGAUUCAUUUCGUUCAUGAACAACCCAAGAAGGAAGAGACUCUGCCGGCACUAGGGAUCACUGUCCCUAACUCUGGCGCAAAUGCCAAAGUUGCGAGAAAGUUCCGUGUACUUUCGUACCCUCGUGCAGAAGCUUUCGACGCAAAGCUUAUUGUGGCGCGCACUAUCUACAUUGACAAGAUCAGAUCAUUGGAACUGGAAUGCCGCAGCCAUGGCAAUAACGUCUCUAAGAUUGAGGUUCACCUGAAAGCUGCAUCAGCGGGGUUGAGGUUACGCACUGGAGACGCUACGGUAAUUGAGGGUGAGACAACCAUUGCAGAUAGACCAAGCCCUGGUGUCUUAGAACUCUCACAAUUAUCACCUAAUAGCAUAUCGAGGAUCCAGGUCCCGUACGAGAUGGAGAUCGGUCUGCGUGAGCUCCAUAUUAAGCUCGAAAUCGUUUACCAUACCGAAAAAGGCAAACAUGAAUUCCGGUCGACCUCCGCGAUCAACGUGGAACUACCCUUAGACGUCAACGUUCACGACCAGUUUAUGGAGAACCUGCUUCUGUCCAGCUUCAAAGUCAGCACGUCCAACCAAAUCCCCCUGGACGUACUCAACAUACUACUGGAAGGCUCCCCAGCGUUCGACGUUCAUCCUACCCGGUUGUCAGGAAGUCGCAACCGGGUUGAGCCGGGAUAUGCGCCAGCCUUCGUGUACAAGAUUGCUAAGAAGGACGGUGCCAGCUUAGCCAAUCUUGCCGAUUCCAACCUGUCGCUCGUAGUGGACUACCGCUGUCUGGAUGAGCAUGUAUUUGAGAAGCUUGAGACAAACUUCUCGGAGGCUUUGAGCAAGAGUCCCUUUGCCAAAACGAUCAGACUCCUGCUUCCUAGGUUGUGGGAUCAUCUCAAAGAGAACAUGAUACCGGAGGAUUGGCACAUCGCCUCUUUCGCGAACGAGCUGCGCAUACCUUCUUAUGAGGAUGCAGGCUGGUUAGACACAGUGGAGAGCUUACCCAGUAGUAUCCGUGGCGAAUUGAGGGAGUGGCUGGGCCAAUGGCACAAGGACAACCCCACCAUCGACGUAACCCCCGUCGAAGACCGCGCUGCUGCUAUUGCCUCCCCUAUCUCACGCCGCAUCACCAUUACCGUCGCCGUGCCCCGCGUCCAGAUCUUGCAUACUGCGGUUCUCAAACUCGCCACUCGCAUAAAGCCGCCAGCCCUAAGCGCACCUAUCGCGGCCUUGGGCCAACCUCUCCACGCAACGCUCUCAAUCAAACACACGCGCAAAUGGGACGAUGCCGCGCAAUUGCAGCGGGCUGCAGCACUCGCAGACCCAGCAGACCCAGUCGACUUCGUGUACGAGCUAGACGCAGACCCGAAUGUGUGGCUGCUGGGCGGACAGCGGCGUGCGCAUUUUUCAGCGCGCGAGGAUGAGGUUAAAACGUUCCUCUUGACGCUGGUGCCGCUCAAAGAGGGCUACCCACGCUUCCUGCCCUCCGUAGUCGUUCGGCCCAUACCACCGCCACCACGGCCCAGAGACAGCACCGACUCCGCCUUGGACCGCCCGGAUAUUACGUCUGAGAUGGACUUUAUGAGCGCGCAUGGUCAUGUGCAGGUCGUGCCAGAUUGGCAGAGCGUGACGGUAGGGCUGGGCGCGUUUGGGGCCGAUGGCGGCAGUGAGGCCGUUCUGUUGGAGGCGGAGGAGAGGGAGGAGGAAAAGGAAAGGAAGAGGGCUGAAUUGAAGGAAACUGAGAAGAGGAUAGCGAAAGCGAGGAAAGAAGCGAAGGAGGAGAUGAAGGAGGAAGCGAAUGAAACGAAGGAAACGAAAGAGGAAACCAAGGAAGAAGCGAACGCUGCAGGUGUGGAGGAGAAGCAGGGGGAGGAGCCAGUGGAGCAAGAACCUGCCACUGGGGCCGAGAAGUCUUCUGGCGGCGAUGCCGUUGAGGAGGGUGCUGCUGUCGCGGAAGAAGCUACCGAGCCCGUCGCUGAAGAGAACGCUGGCGGAGAGGACGCUAGCUCAGACCAAGCCGGAGCAACGGAGGAAGCCCCAGCAGAGGAGCAGCAGCCCGCCGGCGACAACGAUGACGAUAGCGGCAACGCAGCCCAGGAAGCAGGUGGUGAUGGCGAGAAGGAGCAGAAGGAGACCGAAGAGUAGAGCAUAAUCCUGUUAGGGGCCGUGCCGCCAGGGCAGGCCGCACUUUUGUGUACACACUUGUCGUUUAAUUCUUGGAUAGUUCGAUGUCUCUGAUUUAGUUUUCUUGCUAGCUUUCUGGCGUUUCUUUCUUUUGUAUUGUGUAACGAUAAUAAGGUAUACAUAUAAUCACUGUGAAAGAGCGGACGAGGAAAUAAGUACGUACUAAUAUAGGAAAGAAUCUUGGAGAAGCAGGAAGAGAAGUAUAACAAAUAAUCAUUCAG